UCUCCUCACAGAAAACUAGGGCUAAUUCAUUAUGUUAAACUAAAAUAUUACUAUAUCAAAUAAAUUAUUUUUUUUAGAAAGGAAGAAAUACUACCAAUUAACUAGUAAUUAAAAUUAUCUGAUGAAAAUAUGACACAUACGCAUAAUCACAAUACUCCUUCUGUCCCCUUGUCAUAUUUUAUUUUAUGGAAGUAAAACAUUAUAAUUUUAUUAUUAUCAAAGACUAUUAAAGAGUGACUCAAAAAAAUAAUUUUUGAAUAUUUUGUUGCCGGGUUGGUGCUAAUUUUCCAUGAUUUAGUGCUAGCUUAGUAGUCUACAGAAGUGAGAGUUGCCAACUGUAAUGCAGCUGUCUGAACCUUCUUCUUCUUCUUCUUCCCAUAAUUCCCAUUCCAAUUUCUGACAGCCCAUCGUUACCUUUGUAAACCCAACCGCUUAAAUUCCUGUACAAAAACAAACCUCGUUUUUAAUUCCUAAACCUCAAUUUAAUUAACUAAAAAGAAUUCACAGUAAAUAAAACAAGUUGAAAAAGAAAAGAAUCCCACUGUAAAACCCCUCUUCUUUUCAUAAACCGCUGGCAGCUUUCCUUUUGAGCUCAUUUAGCCCAGAAAAAGAAGAAAGCCUCAUUUUGCUGACUCUUCUGCUUCUUUGUUCUUUCCUAUUGAGGAGAUUGAAGAUCUGAAAUCGAAGAAAAAAUGCACGCGAAAACGGAUUCAGAAGUUACCAGUUUAGCCCCAUCUUCACCGGACCACAGCCGCCGGCCGGUGUACUACGUUCAGAGCCCUUCCCGGGAUUCACACGAUGGAGAGAAGACGACUACCAUGUCGUUUCAUUCCACCCCAGUGCUCAGCCCCAAUGGCUCUCCGCCUCACUCUCAGUCCUCCGUCGGCCGCCACUCUAGGGAAUCCUCCACCAGCCGAUUCUCCGGCUCAUUGAAGCCCGGAUCGAGGAAGAUCAACCCGAAUGAUGCCGGAUCGGGUUCGAAUCGGCUUCCUGGUGGGAAAGGGCAAAAGGGUUGGAAAGAAUGUGAUGUGAUUGAAGAGGAAGGGCUGCUUGAAGAUGGGGAGAGGGGGAAAUCUCUUCCUAGGCGAUGCUAUUUCCUUAUUUUUGUUUUGGGAUUUUUUGUGCUUUUCUCACUCUUUGCACUUAUAUUGUGGGGUGCUGCCAAACCGCAGAAGCCCAAGAUCGUCAUGAGGAGUAUUACUUUUGAGAGAUUCGUGGUUCAAGCUGGUUCAGAUACCAGUGGAGUGGCGACUGAUAUGAUUUCGCUGAACGCCACACUUAAGUUCACUUUCCGCAACACUGCUACAUUUUUCGCUGUUCACGUUACAUCAAGCCCGAUUGAUAUAUCAUAUUCGGACCUCACAAUUGGUUCUGGAUCACUGAAGGAAUUUCAUCAGAGAAGAAAGAGCCAGAGGCUUGUGACUGCAUCAGUGAUAGGGGAUAAGAUUCCUAUGUAUGGAAGUGGAGCUGGUUUAAGCACACAAACUGGAGCUCCAGCUCUGCCAGUCCAAUUGAGAUUGAACUUUGUGGUAAAGUCAAGAGCUUAUGUCCUGGGUAAAUUGGUGAAGCCAAAGUUUAAUAAGGAGAUCGACUGUGCAUUUACCUUCGAUCCCAAAAAGCUCAACUCCCCCAUCUUGCUAAAGAAUGCUAAUUGUACAUACACUUGAAGAGUUUGCUCUAUAUAUUCUUUGUCUAUUCCUGUUUCCUGUUCUUGGAGAAAUGUUACUGAUUCGGAUUUCACUUACUGCAACAACUGAGGAGGCCAGAGUUCUUCCGGUAUGGUUUCCGAGUUUGAAUGACUGGUGCAACGCAGUCUGGAUUUGGCUGUGAUUUUUGGUGAUCUUUCACCAGCCGGCAAUCUAACUUUGAAGAAUUGAAGAGCGGAAGAAUGGUGGAUGGUUGAUAUUUUUUGGAGGCUUAUAUAUUACGUGUAAAAGUAUUAUUAAGAUAGUCUGAACAUGUUAUUAUCUGUAUAAUCUCUUAUCAUAAUCUUGAUUUAUUCUUUGGACUAUUAUUUUAUUCAUAAAUCAAUAUACAUAAAAUCUUCUUAGCGGC